GCCGCUGCCCCUCUCCCCCAUGCCAGGACUGUUCGUGGAAGAGGCAGACGAGGGCUCCUGGGCAGCCGUAGCCCAGACCUUCAUCUCCCUCGCACCCUCUGGCAAAAGGUUUGGAGGGCUGGGGCUGCUCGGCACCAGACUGCGUGCUCCGGAGCUGCGACUGCUGCUGCAGGAGUUGUAUGUUAACGGCGUCAGAACGGACGACGAUGGUGACACGCGCGCCGGAGUUGUUAAGGAAGUGGUCUACCUCCACAUCACCGAUCGCAUGCCACCCGCGGGGCCAGCGGUGCCCCAAAAUUCACAACUGCAGGAGGCGCUGCAUCUACUACUGAAGAGUCAAAGACAAUAAUAUGUAUUUAGCACAGGCCUAAUUUGGUUAAUGA